GAACAACAAGAAGACAUGAUGAGGUACGAGUUAUGUGUUCUGGUGACAACUAUCAUCGCAGUCCUAGCUGAUGAUUUAGUUGUACUAAAACACGGAAGUCUCAAAGGGCAUCGGCUGACGUCACGGAAGGGCCGUGAGAUAUUCGCUUUUCAAGGAGUCCCUUAUGCCAAGCCACCAGUGGGGGAGUUGAGAUUCAAGCCUCCACAACCUGCAGAACCAUGGACCGGUGUGCUGGACGCUACCAAGGAAGCCCCUGUGUGUGUCCAGCGAGGGCUCUUCCCCAGCGAUGUAGAAGUCAGAGGACAGGAAGACUGUCUCUACCUCAACGUCUACACUCCACGGAUCCCGAAGAGCGGUUCGGAGGCAGCGCCUCUUGAUGUUAUGGUUUGGGUCCAUGGCGGAGGUUGGUUUACAGGAUCCGGAAACACGGACAUGUAUGGACCGCAGUAUCUCCUGGACAAAGAUAUUAUCCUGGUGACAAUGAACUAUCGUCUUGGGUUAAUAGGUUUCCUGAGUACGGAAGAUGCAGAGUGUCCGGGUAAUAACGGAAUGAAAGACCAGGUGGCAGCACUGCGCUGGGUACGUGACAACAUCGCAGAGUUUGGUGGAAACCCGAACAGCGUAACGAUAUUCGGUGAAAGUGCUGGAGGUAGCAGUACACAUUUCCACAUGCUCUCGCCUGCCAGCAAAGGUUUAUUCCAUCGCGCUAUCUCCCAGAGCGGCACUGCUGUAUGCGCUUGGGCACUUACACCUCCAGGAAGACCGAAGCUACUGGCAGAACAAGUGGCAGAUAUGUUUAACUGUCCGACUCAGUCGAGCUCCGAGCUGAUCUCCUGCCUCAGGAAACAAGAUUCAUACAAGUUAUACGGCGCGGAACUUUUGAUUCCAGCUGAGAGAAUUUUCCCCAUCACAUUCGCUCCUGUUAUUGAGAAGCAGGUGGGAGAAGGAGAUGAAAUAUUCAUGAGUGAGAACCCCAUGAAGAUACUUCUCAGUGGUGACCUUGAACUCGUGCCGUGGAUGGUGGGAGUUACGUCAAGAGAGGGAGGCCUGUUCCCCAUAUUUUUAUUCGGACCAGAUGAAUCGAAGGUCAAGCUGGAGGAAAAUUCUGUGAUAACAAUGCUACUUGAGAAUCCCGAGGACAAGUCACUCGUCAAGAAGGUCGCCCAGAAGGCCCAGAAGUUCUACUUCGGAGACAAACGGAUUACUUAUGCACCUGAUUCUGGUAUAACUGAUAUGAUUACGGAUUUAUUUUUCUUGGUCGGGACGAACUCAGCAGCCAGACUCCACUCUAAGAGAGGGGAGCAAGUCUAUUAUUACUUAUUUGACUAUCGCGGAAAAAACAGUUUCAGUACCGUGGGAAUGAAUUCGACCGCUAAUUAUGGCCCUGUUCAUCUGGACGACGUGCUGUAUCUGUUCCCUCAGGAUGUCAUAUUUCGCAAUUCUAAACUGACAGCAGAGGACGAACGCAUGGUGGAGACGAUGACAGCGCUGUGGACAAACUUCGCUCGCAGUGGGGAACCUGCGCCCACAUGGAAACCCGUUUCUUCGCCUGAAGUGCUCGAUUACGUUCGGAUCGCUCAUGAUGGUUUGCACCAUGGCCAAGGGCUUUUGAAAGAGCGCAGUGAAUUCUGGGAAACCUUGCCUCUCAGAACCAGAUACUCAGUGGCUGUGGGCAAGGAUGAACUGUAGCGGCAGUCGUGCUAUGUCUGCUCUUCAAGUCAGUUAUUCGUGUUCAAAGGCGUUACCGUCGGGAAUAUGGAGAACAAGCAUCUGGAAGACAGUCCAUCAAGCGAAGUCCCAAGUUGAAUGUGUAUUGCGCCCUUUCUCGUCAUGAGGUGACGGGACAAAUCUUCUUUCAAGACCAUGAACUGUGCAACUGAUGUAGAUUUACUUGAAAUAUUUGCAGCCUUACAGAUUCCACACCAUCAACCAAAUGUCUUCUUCCAACACGACUGUUCCCCUCGACAUUGAGGACUUACAGUGAAAUAUUCUGUGAAUAAAACUUUCGAAAACAAAUGAA